CGUACUCUUAACCUUUGUCUCAACCCUCGGAUAUACAUUUCAGACUGUCACCCACGCCGCAGUGCCAUCGUCUUCAUCACAAUUUAUUGAAACACGCACACUCACCUGCACGUGUACAGCAAGGUCCAAGCCUGCAGUAGACCCGCCCAGAACGAAGCAUUUCUGAAUUGGGGAGUUCAGAUCUCAGACAUGAUCAUCCCAGUCACCAUUUCCCGUCCGAGUCAAUUCUCCACAAAACUACCUCCCCAGCUUGUCACGCUUGGCCACGACGAGCUCUUUCUGAUAGAGCUGCAGGGCACCCUUGAUGUCGAGGGUACCGAGAAGGAAGACAAGGAUGGCCAGGUAAUCGGAACAUUAAAUACGACUGAUAUGAACAAACCCACCCUAACUAUCGGAUACCACUUACUAGAAGGAAAGGUGGUCAAUCUGGCGAAGCCCCUGGGCGUUUUACACAAACAAGUGUCCGCCCCUGUCGGUGGUGAAUCCACUGGCCCCGAGAGUCAGGAAGAAAUUGGAGUGGGGACGAAGUGGGAUGUAAUAGCCAUAGUGAAGAAGAAAAUGGUGUUCUCCAAACGGCCCAUGCCCAUCGCCACCGGCAAGCCGGCCAGCAAAGCACCAUCAUCACGGAGGGCGUAGAGCUUCCGAAAAGUGCACCCGUGCAUCCGGGCAGUACUAGGCCGUGGCACGGCCAUGAUGCAGACCCUGAGCCCACCCGUGGCUCCUCCGUGGCACUCGACAAAGCGCUAGUGAAGUUACCAAGCUUGGCCAUAUUCCAUUGCUCGUGCCGUGAAUGCCCAGAACGAGCACCACACGAGAGCGUCUCUUCAUAUUUCACUUUGCCAGUUGGAACUAGCAACGUGGCGCUCCAUGACGGGCAGUGUAAACCAUUUAAGCCAACGAUAUUACCCGGCUUGUGUAGACGAUCCACAUGCUUUGUAUUAUUACUUAGGAUCGUAAGAGCGUAAUAUAUAUUUUUGAGGUCCGCGAGGAGGAGGCGAGCAAGCAGAU